AUGGCAGGCAAGAAGAUCAUCACUGUCUUUGGCGCCACUGGCGCGCAGGGCGGCUCUGUAGCCGACAUCUUCCUCAAUGACCCCAAGCUCAAGGAUAACUGGGCCGUCCGCGCCGUCACGCGCGAUGUGACCAAGGACUCGGCCAAGAAGCUUGAAUCCAAGGGAGCAGAAGUCGUUGCCGCCGACCUCAACGACAAGGCAUCGGUCGCCAGAGUGCUUGCCGGCUCCUACGCCGUCUUCGCAGUCACAAACUACUGGGAGAAGCUGGACCGUGACCUCGAGGUAAAGCAAGGCAAAAAUAUCGUCGAUGCGGCCAAGGAAGCUGGUGUUCAGCACUUCAUCUGGAGCUCGUUGCUCAACAUCAGCAAUCUCUCGAAUGGCAAGUUUGCCAACGUCUACCACUUCGACAGCAAGGCCGACGUAGAGGAAUAUGCUAGAGAAGUCGGCAUUCCGUCCACCUUCUUCAUGCCGGGCUUCUACCUCUCCAACAUCCCAGACUCGUUCCGGCCAAGCCCGCCAAAUAACGCAUGGACGCUGAGCUUCCCCGUCACCAUCAACGCCACGAUCCCCAUCUUCGACACGGCCGACACGGGCAAGUACGUCAAGGCCAUCGUGCUCAACCGCGACAAGCUCCUGGGCAAGCGCAUCUACGGCGCCACUGAAUACACGUCGCCCGCGCAGGUCGUCGAGGACUUCAAAAAGCUGUUCCCCGAGGCCGGCAAGACGGCCACGUACUACCAGCUGCCCGCGGACACGUUCAAGAACUACCUCACGAGCGUCGGCAUGCCCGACUUUGCCGCGCUCGAGCUCUACGAGAACUUCCAGCUCUUCGACGAGUUCGGCUACUACGGCGGCGCCAGCCUCGACGAGACGCACGCCUUGGUCGAGGACAAGCUGACCACCUGGAUCGACUUCAUCAAGAAGAGCCCCAAGUUCCCCGCUGACCUGAAGUAA